GAAGAACAGUUAAUUCAUUUUGACACUGUGCACAGCAAAGUAAACUCGGUGGCCUCUUCUUCUCCACCCCUCAACAUGAUAGCAAUCUCUGCCGUCAGCAGUGCGCUCAUGUUCUCCCUUCUCUGUGAAGCAAGUACCGUCAUCUUACUCAAUUCCACUGACUCAUCCCCGCCAACCAAUAAUUUCACUGAUAUUGAAGCAGCUCUACAAGCACAGCUAGAUUCUGCGGAUCUCCCCAAAGCCAGGCGGAAACGCUACAUUUCGCAGAAUGACAUGAUCGCCAUUCUUGAUUAUCAUAAUCAAGUUCGGGGAAAAGUGUUUCCACCAGCAGCAAACAUGGAAUAUAUGGUUUGGGAUGAAAAUCUUGCAAAAUCUGCAGAGGCUUGGGCAGCUACUUGCAUUUGGGACCAUGGACCUUCUUAUUUACUGAGAUUUUUGGGCCAAAAUCUAUCUGUACGAACUGGAAGAUACCGCUCCAUUCUCCAGCUGGUCAAACCAUGGUAUGAUGAAGUGAAAGAUUAUGCUUUUCCAUACCCUCAGGAUUGCAACCCUAGAUGUCCAAUGAGAUGUUUUGGUCCCAUGUGUACACAUUAUACACAGAUGGUUUGGGCCACUUCCAAUCGGAUAGGAUGUGCAAUUAACACUUGCCAAAACAUGAAUGUUUGGGGGUCCGUAUGGCGACGUGCAGUGUACUUGGUUUGCAACUAUGCCCCAAAGGGCAACUGGAUUGGAGAAGCACCAUAUAAAGUAGGGGUACCAUGUUCAUCUUGUCCUCCAAGUUAUGGUGGAUCUUGUACUGACAACCUGUGUUUUCCAGGAGUAACAUCAAACUACCUAUACUGGUUUAAAUAAGCUUACUAUUGCAUCAGGAGAUAAUGGUUUGAGGGAACACAGGCAUAUAUAUAU